UUUUUAUUUAUUUAUUUUUCUUCUACUAUUUUUCAAGUUUAAACAACAUUAAUUUUUAAAAGGCAGCAUCUACAGUUUGAUAUUGGUCUUAUUUUUAUUGACUAUAUAUAAAAGUUUUUACCUUUGCGCUUUUUAAUUUCAUUAUUUUAAUUUAUAGUUUUAAUUUUUUUUGUCAAAAAAGGAAUUCCUCUUUGGACGUUGUAGUCGCAUAUCAUUACUGCCAAUAAGCUAGAAAUAUCGUAUCACACACCACAGUCCGAGCUAAACUUGAGAACCAUGGCCAACACGUUAGAAAAAAUUACAGGUCCCCCUGUAAACGCCAUGCCUGCGUCCAACGAAGUAGAUGCACCGCGGAAGCCCGGUCGCCCUCGCAAGACGGUGUCCGCAGCCUCUGUCAAAGAGAUCGCCUCCGCGCCACGCAAAGUAGGAAGACCACGCAAGACAACACCGGAAGCCACCACUCCAGAGGUGCCCCGCAGUGCAGGUAGACCGGUCAAGGCGGCUGCAGAGGCUGCUGUGUCGGAAGCACCGCGCAAGCGCGGUCGCCCCGCCAAGGCAAAGGCAGACAGCACAUCAGUGGUUGCAGAGGCGGCGGUGGAGACAGUGGUGGAGCCGCGCAAGCGCGGCCGGCCUCCAAAGCAAGCUGCAGUAGCAGAAGCACCGUCAACACCAGUGACUCCAGUGACGCCGAGCUCGGCCAGCACUGCGGGCAGAUCGGCAAAGGACACUGGCGAGGCAGCUCCCUCAGAACCCCGCAAGCGUGGCCGCCCGGCAAAGGUACAAGUACAGGCUGCCCCAGAAGAGACUCUGAAGAAGCGCGGUCGCCCGGCCAAGGGAACUGCACCAGUCGCCAUUAAUGGCACUAAAACAAAUAGUGACGAAAACGACAACGAUUCCGAUAGACCGCGCAAGCGCGGCCGCCCGGCGAAGCAAGCCGUUGAGGACGCUCCAAAGCAGCCCAAGAGGCGUGGUCGCCCGCCCAAGGCAAAAGAGGACAGCACGCCUGAGGAUUCGCGUGCACCUGGUCGUUUGCCAAAGGCCCCCGAGUCGAACACUGCGUCAGAUCAGUUGAAGAAGCGUGGCAGGCCAGCCAAGGUCGUCGCUGCUCCUGCGGUUGUCAGCACCUCGAGCGAGCCAAAGAAGCGCGGUCGGCCGCCAAAGGCGACCACCGUGAAUGAGGUGGUACCAAGCCCGCCCAAAAGCCGGGGUCGGCCUCCCAGCGUUAAUAGGAUCAAUGCUUCCAGCACUGCUACAAACGGGGCCAAGGAGAGCGCCGAGCCGAAAAAGCGUGGUCGCCCGCCCAAGACUAAUGUUGUGACCAGCCCCAAGUCAAAGGUUCUUCCCAAGCUCCAAUGGGUCAACAGCGACAACAUCGUGCCCAGCUCCAGCUCUGAGCCCCAGUCCUAGAUACAUGUUCCCACAUUGUCCGAUCAUGCCAUGAGAGCGAGAUUAUGAGCCACAUUGCCGGUAAUAUCUCGCAGUUGUCCGCCCCCCCUUUCUUCAUCUUCAUUCCAUUGGUUACCAGUGGGCCCAGUAGAUCCGGAUCAAGCCGGAUUUCUGGGUCAAGAUGCAGAUAAUUUUUUCGUUGGCUGAUGGAGAAAGUGUAUUGUUUUUUUCUGCACGCAUCGCCGCGCAUCGCAAAAAAAAAUUCAGCGGAUCAUUUUUGUUGCCAUUGUCAGCAACUGCCACUAAAAUUUUCUUUUUCGCUUUUUUUCUUUCGGUUUCUUCGG